UUUACUCAAGUGAAAGAUUUGCACAGCAGACUAGUGUCCAGCUGUAAAGCGUGAAGUAAGGGUACCUUGGUUCCAUUAGAUAGAGUUUGUAGCAUUGUCAUUCCGGUUACAAUGUAGUCUGCAAGCACAGACCUUUGGCUUAUUUUGCAAUUAACAUAGUGCAGAGUCUGAAAUACGGAGACUAGAUACACUCUUGAAGAUGUGACAAUGACAGAGAGUUUGGCAUCUAGUCUUUACUCUAGACAUGAUGUACAUGUUGUUACAAUGUAUGUCAGUGGUAAUGAUCAGAGACUAAUGCUCCUCGACCAAUCACAUCUAAGGGAUUUUGCGUACAGUGUACUAUACAAACAGAUUGUAUAAGAAUUUAAACAAACAACUUUAAUCAAUGAUGACAAGUAAUCUUUCACUCAAAGUUUUAUUUGCCCAUACUAACCGAUGACACUUUCCCUUGAUCACUUUAAAAGUACUCUAAGUAAUUACAUGUACAGUGUAUGCUUUCUAGGAAUCAGUUUCACAUUGCUAAUACCUUUUAAUAUUUCAGUACUGAUAAAUCUUGCAUGUACCAAAGAGCAGUGAUCAAGAUAAUUGUUAACGAGUGAUAUAUGAACAGUUUAUGUAGUGUCUCUGUAGUACAAUUAAUAGUUGCAGGUAUUGUGUGAGAUUUUGCCAUACACGUACAUGUCAGGACUUCAGGUGUACAUGUACAUUGAUCUACUUUCCAGGUACAGAUUAUAAAUAGAUGAUGCCUUCCUGUGCAGCACAGCACAUUCAUCGGCCUUAGACAUCCUGCUACAAGCUGUAGAGCAGAACAAUGCCCGUCUCCUGGCUCAGGUCAAUCCUAACUUGCUUCAAAAGUGUCCUUCCUCUCGAGGUUCUGUAGUUUCACAAGGAAGCCCAAGGCUGUCCAGAACUCCCAGUAUGUCAUUAGAGCAGGAUAUCACACCAAAACCUAAGGAUCAUCACCAUGCUUCCGAUUCUCUCCUUUUUGCCUCCCCGAAGACUGAAUCGGUCCUCGCGACAUCGGAAGACCAGGCCUUUGGACAGAGUCGCGACAUUCGCAGGAAUUCAGCCAAAGAGGCAUUGAAAGCAUUAUUAGACGGAUACCCCACUGAGGGGUCCGGCGUUGUUGGUGUUGCAACGGGCAACAGAACUGAAGCGUUUGCGACGGAUCCGCUUUUGAAUCGUCCAGCGAUUCCGAUCACGAGGGAGAGUUUCCAAAGACCGCACGGUCUUCUGCGUGUGGAGAGUGAUACUGCCCUCCUGAAGACGUCGGUGUCGAGGAGAAAAUUUGACGAGAAUGAUAAUCGGUUCUCUGCCAAGCGAAAGGGUUCUAGUGGGUUAGCGCAAAAUGGGAACAGCGAUCUUUCACUGAGUUCUGAGAGAGACAGAGGUAUGUAUUGGGAAGAUGCAGGAGAUACAGAAGAUUUAGAUGAUCACAGUGACACCAACGACAUCCACAGUAAAUUAGUGUUCACAUACGACAACUCACCUUCUUCCUCAAAUUUUGCCAGAACCCUGGACUCGUCCACGGAGGAAAUCCCAUCUUCCAAGAGCGCCACUUUGCUUUCAUCGGAAUCCGGUGCAGGCAACAGUCUAGAGCCAGGAUAUCGGACUAAAGAUACCAAAAAUGGAAGCUCGCUAAAUUCAAGCCACCAUUCUCUUCUGCAUUCCAGCAGCGAACAACUACUCUUUUCCGAGGAGGAGGAAGACCAGUUUGGUUUCCUGGGUGAAGUCGCACGAAGAGGGCGCCAGUCCAAGCCUCUCCACCGGCGGAACAGUGAGGACCUAGAUGGGGCGACACCGUCCCCACCUCCAGUUCAGCACAAGUACCGGAGACACACUCGCUCUAUGUCGGAUCAAAUCUCCAACGUGAGAGGAGGAGGGUUUGAAGACUCUAGGAGAGACUUUGUUCCAGAAAGAAAAGUUUAUAAUGGAAAGAGGUCAAAAGAUGAUAUCUAUUCGUCUUCUCUUCCAUCGGAACCUCUUACGGCAAGACGAGUAUCAGAUGUUAGUAGUGCCUCUCCCGCGUGCGAUGGGUAUUUCCCCCAACCGAGUCAGGGAGAAUCCCUCUUUACAUUCCUCUCAUCGCAAGACUUUGCUACCUGUCCUGAAGUUGAUAAGGAGAAUGCCCACUUCUGUAUCUCCGAGGCCAUCAUCGCUGCCGUGGAGCAGAUCAAAUGCCGUCAGCUAACCCGACAGACUCCGUCGGACCACGAAUCUGACGGGUCCGACGAGGAGAUCCAGAGACUGAAGCAGAGGAUCCGCCUCAGGCGUACCGAGAAGCGCGAACGUAAACUACAGUGUGAACAGGACCAAAGCCCUCCUGAUUGUGAUAUUUGGAGCCCAGAGCACGAUGGCACGGAUUCACCCCAAUUUCUGUCCGAUUCAGAGGAAUCCAUGGAAGAAGCCGAGGACUUUGUAGUGACGGAUACUUCUUUGGACACCAAUCUGGUUGCUAUGAAGACGAAAGGUCUGACUGCAUCACUUGGCUCGCUUUAUUCAGAUGCCGAUCUGAAGAAAGCGAACAAGAUGCACCCCAUCGAGACGGUCAUACCACUUACUAAGAUAGAGCCUUCCUCGUCCCACCAACUCUCUGCGGAAUCCAUAGCACUUUCCCUCAUCAAGAAGUUCUCUUUCCGACAGCUCCCGGCUGCAUCGGAAUUAGAAUGGUUGGUGUCUGAAAAAGAUGCCCCUCAACAGCUCUUGCCUUUACCCAAGUCAGUUCCCAUAUCUCCUGAUGAUGGUGAAAAUGCUGACCUCUAUAAAAAUAUGCGUCUCCGUGGAAACCUUGAGUGGGCCCCUCCUCGACCUCAAAUAGUGUUCAGUAUUCACCCUCCUCCAAAACGGAAACAGCUCAUUGCCAAGCAGAAUUUCCGCUGUGCCGGUUGCGGAAUGAAGGCAGAAAGGGGUUUCCUGAAGCGCUUGCGGUACUGCGAGUACCUGGGAAAGUACUUCUGCCAGUGCUGCCACACCAACGCAUCCUCCCCCAUCCCUAGUCGAAUCCUCAGGAAGUGGGAUUUCAGUCGUUACCCGGUGUCCAACUUCUCGCAAGAGCUCCUGUCCAAGAUCCAGACUGAUCCGGUCUUCAAUGUGGUAGACGUCAACCCGAUUCUCUACAGGAAAGUCAAGCAAAUGCAGGCUGUCAAGGAUUUGCGAACACAAUUAUUCUUCCUGAAAGAUUUCCUGAAGACGUGUAGACUGUGCGACAGAAGUUUGAAAGCAUCAUACGACAGUCAGCCCGGCCACUGGAUGGGCCAGCCUGACCUCUACUCGUUAAGUGACCUUAUCAACGUACGCAGCGGGGAGAUGGAGAAAGCCCUCGCUCAACUGGUCCUCGAUGGUGUUACUCAUGUUAGCCAGUGUCAGCUGUGUCAAGCCAAGGGCUUUGUUUGUGAAUUGUGCAAUAAAGAUGAGAUUAUCUUUCCAUUCCAACUCAACUCUACUUUCCAGUGUUUAGAAUGCUGGGCCUGUUAUCAUACGGUAUGUUUCCUGAAAGAAAGCAAGUGCCCCAAGUGUGAACGCAUCCUAGCUAGACGUGGUGUAAGUGCAGUGAAGACGGAAACAAGCGAUGAAGAUACGCCGAGUUCAUCCUCCAGCUAACAGUGACUCUAAUGAUGUUUAUCCAUCUCACCUCCAAUACCCAUGGCGGGAAUUCAUCUUAGUGACAUAACUCAUACCUUAGACUAUAUCAACACCCAGGGGGACUAGGGCCCCGUCUUACCU